AUGGAGAACAAGCACAACGAUCUGGACGCCAGCAAGCAUGGCGGAAAUGCAGGCGAUCUUAUUGGAAUUUACAACGAGGAUUCGGAGGAGGUCGAAGUAAUAAUUCCAGACGAGAACAGUCACGCCUUCAUCAGAUUCUUCAACCGACCAGCAGUGGGAGAAAAGCAGUGGACUCGCACAGAUGCCAUCCGGUAUCUCAAGUGCGAGUUCUGGCUUCUAGGCCCGAGGAAGGAGGGCCAGCCUCCUCCCAAGAACUUGGAUGAAGUGCAUAUUGGAAAGGAUCACCCGUUCUACGGAUUAUACCUUGAAUUGUAUAUUCUGAUCCACAAGCACUAUGAUGAAGUCAGUGCUAGCGCCCAACAGAUGAUCGCAUCUGACAACAGCACUACCCGUGAAGCCAGGAACGCCCUCGCGAAAGCCGCAGAUGCAAGACACAAUGGGGAUCACCACUGGCAGACCCUGCUGCCAUUGCCGGCUGAGAUGAUGGUCUCGAGGUUCAUUCACCCAUACAAUGCUCUGGAUGAGACAGUCGCCACGUUGGCAUCCCAACUCAAUGGAGCACCGAGAAGCCCGGUGUUGAAACGCGUCACCAACUGGAUCAAUGAUUCAAUCGAUGCUGCCUCAGCACCUCUUACUGAAGAUGGGGAAUAUCAAGACUCAGGGGCAGAGUCUGAUGCAAGCGAGUCGGAGCUACAUCCAUCCUUGGAACAGGAUACAGGUGCCACUGGAACGAGAGCUUCAUACCUGAUCGGUGUCAACGUCAAAGCCUGCAACGCCAGUGCUUCGUCCAACCUUGAGACAGGUGAACAAGCACGGUCCGUUGCGCAAGGAGCAAUGGAUUCUGCGGCCGCUGCUCGACAAAUAGCGGCUAAAGCGCUGGAGAUGAGUGAAAAGUUUGACAUUGAACACCUCGAUAACAAGAUCAAACUUGUGGCCACUGCAAUGAUUGAACUUCAGGAUAAAGAGGAGGAGCGUCAGAGUAAACAAGAGGAACUCAAUGCUGCUUAUAACACCAACACCGGCGACAUUCACGCAAGAAUUAACAAACUCGUUUAA